AAACCGGAGAGUUACCAUAAAUAGUUGUAUUUCGUGAAAAGAUCGGAUAAUGUGAAAUAAUAAGCUAAACAGCAGCAGAAUGUCCGACAAAUAUUAUCGUCUGAUAACGUUUGUGGUGAACAUCUGUCCUAGGCCAUUACGUGAACUUUUCAUAGCUAAAGCGAAGGCUGACACAAAUCACGCAUACACGAGUUUAGAAGACUACCUGCUUUUUCGGAAACCAGACAUUGAUGAAUUACGUAGACGCUUCAAGAUCAGUCUUGAUCAGUUUGCAAAUGUUUACCCAGCAGCUGGAUCGGUGGAUAUUCAAACAUGGGACGUAACUCUACUAGCGGUCCUGCUAACACAGUUAUUUUUUAAUCAGUUACAACAAAAUGAAAGAGACUGUCUGCGUGACAUUACUGAUAUAAGAAAUAGAUUGCAACACAUUGCAAGCAGUGACGUAAUCGAUGAUCAGAAGUUCAAUACUGCUUGGAGUGGUCUUAGAGAUGCUGUACUCGCCUUGUCAAAGUGUACCGGUGCACCUUCCUUAAACAAUAUCGAAGACGAGAUAAAGUCGGCAUUUACUGAAGUCAUGCCAAAUCGUGUAGAAGUAAUUCGGACAUGGAAAACAUGGAACCACGUGUUGUGUAUGCAGCUACAGCUACAAAACUCUGAACUUACAAACGAAAUUAAGACCCUCAAAGAAGAAUCAAGAAAAUCAAAUGAAAUAUUAACAAAAGCCUCUGUGAAAAGAAAAGGACGCUCUGGGAUUGCAGGAAAAAGGAUGAAAAUUGUAGACAACAAAGUUAAAAUGAUGAAAGAAAAGCUGGCAAAGGCGUUGACAGAGAAGAACGACUGUAUAGAGUCUUUCAAGAACGACAUUGUCCUUAUUACUCAACAGCUUAUAGAGAACCAUCGCGUUAUCGUCACCGGUCAGAACAACAUGUUGGCUUACAAAUGCGCACUUGCAGCAGUUAAUCAAAGAAACUACCAGCGUACUGACCAAUGCUUGGAAAUAAACAAUCCAUCCGACUGGAAACGGAUCAGCCCAGAAGAUGCCCAAUUUGUACUUUUCCGUGAACCGUUCGGCAGGUCAACGUACGAUUCACAAAAGGUUGAAACAAUGCUAGAAGAAUUUGACAGUAUGUUGGACGCAACAAAUGACGAAAAUGACGAGGUUAUUGAUAUUAUCAUUGUUACCAACGAGAGACUUCUGAAUGAAGUGGCGAGACAGAAUGAGCAUGACAUGUUAUCUCCGGCGUCUACUGUUUACAUAGAUACCACAUCGGGAAAUACUCCUGAAGAAGCAGAUGCAACAGAAGAUACAGUUUACAGAAAUCUUCUCGAGUAUUCUAAAAUAUAUCGUCAGAACUACACAAGUAAGAUGGUUAACAAACAAGUCAAAGCCGAGGCUGAAAAUAAGUUUAUAGAUUAUAGUAUGGUUGUCAUCGUCGGAUCAGCCGGAAGUGGGAUGACAAGCUUGUCGUUUCAGUUGCUGCCACUAUACGAUCUCAGCAACGGAGAAGAGAACUUUCUCGUCAUAACGGAUCCAGGUGAACUGAAGUAUGUUAAGUUUUCUUUGCGACCUGUGAUAAUUAUCAAACCGUUGGCUGGUAUGGGCUUCGACAAAGUUGAGGCAUCUAAGUGGUACAUGCAGUUUGACAGAUUGUUUGCAGCUGUACAGGAAAAGAAGGUUGCCGUUAUUAUUACGAUGGAAACGGAGGUCUUUCGAAUGUGGGAAGCAAACAUGCCGACUCAUCCUUUGUUAGAUCACGUUGUGUACAUGGCGGGCACUCGUGCAAAGGAGAUGGAGAAACAUAAACCAGACAACGUCCAAAAUGGAUUACAAACAGAUAAAACAAGUCAUUGUGAUGAAAUACCGAACAAUGCAUCGAGGGAAGUGAUAAGGUAUGUCAAGUCUGUUCGAGAUUAUGAUAUCGAACCAGAAGGAAAUUGUUAUAUUACAGGUUGUUGUGUGUUACCUACAGGGCAUAUUUUAUUGACUGAUAUUUUACAUAAUAAACUAAUAAAAAUGGAUAGAUAUUAUAGUGAUUUCAAUACCUGUGAUCUGCCGGGUAUUCCUUUUGGUGUGUGUUAUAUUGAUAUUAAUAUGGCUGUAGUAGCACUGAUGGGUCGGAAACUGCAAUUUGUAGACAUAUCAGAGGGGUUGACCCUGACCAAAUCAGUGAAUACAGAUCAUGAAUGUUUGGAUGUGACCUGUCAUGGUAACAAGCUGUAUGUUAUAGACAAUGAUUCCGUUUCUGUCUACACAACAGAUGGUGAAUAUCAAAACGUUCUUUAUACAGCAAAUGAUAAUGAGGAUGGUUAUGGUCAUGAAUUCAAAUAUAUUGCAACAAGUAAUGACGGUGGUAUGUUAUAUAUCACAGACGGGAACAUUGGUUUCUUUACUAUUGACAGUUCAGGAAAUCACUUAUACACAUUAACUGAUCUGCCAGAUCAUAUAGAAAUGAGAGGUGUAUGUGUGGAUGAUCAAGGUCAUGUUUACGUUAUUGAUGUCGUUAAAGAGGGCUCUGUAAUAGUACAAGUAAGCGCAGACGGCAGGCAGAAUCUCGGAACAGUAUUUGAACUUGAUAAUUAUUGUAGGUCGGUACAGUUUGAUAGGAUGAAGUGUGCCUUGUUAGUAGUAGGAAAGUCAAACAAGUUAAGAGUUUUAACACUGCGUUAAUAAAACAUUUCUACAUUGAAACAUGUUUGAAAUCUCUCAAUUUGAUUACGGCUGAAACAACAUUUAGUUUUUUUCUGAUGUUGAAUGAAAGUUCUCAAUAGAAUUGUAUUUCAUGUAUUUUGAUCAAUUCUAAAUUACAAAUAUGACAUGUGUAUUUAUGUAUGUGGCUCAGUAGUGACUGCAACAUGUUUGCAAAUAUGAAUGUAAGUGUUAUUAAUGCUAUCACAUAUAAUUAAGCAUACAUUCACUACACCAUUAAAUGAUUAUCUACC